AAUUCAAUCAUUGAUAGAAGUACACAAAACAUUAUGGAGUGACAAUUUGUACGGAUAAAUUAGUAAAGAAUAAUUUGAAUAUACGAGAAAAUUAUAUGAAUUUUGGUUCUGAAUUUCGUAGUUAAAAAAAGAAAUACACAUUAAAACAUUAAUUAAACAGAACUGAGAAUCGCAGGAGAAAUCGAAUAUUUUUCAAUUUUGCUGUGAAUUUAAAUGUAAUUGGUUUAGAUAAGAUGUAUAAUUAAUCAAAUUCGAUGCUUGACCUUUGUUUUUACCACAAAAAAAAAAAAAAGGAAAAAAAAAAGAGAGAGAUAAAUAUUAUUACUCCAUUGGACUAGUGUAAAAAUAUUUAGAUUCCAAAGGCGACGAUUGAAAAAGCCGUUAAAGGGAAAAGGAUGUUGGCGCGAAGACUCUCCUCUCUGUUCUCAAUCAUAACCAAAAGAUCACAAAGUCGCUUGCUUUCGUGUCCAGCAACAACUGCUCAAAAUUGGGUAUUUGCUGGGUUUCGUCAGAAUUUACAAGCAACUCGAUCAUAUGCAAGUGGAAGAGGUAAAGACUACAAUCUAUUUGGUAAUGUGAAACCAGGUGAUGAUGACUUUAGAAAAGCCUGGGAGAAAGAAAUGGGGGAUGAUGAUACUCUAUGGUCAGGAAGUGAAGACGAAGGCGAUGAUAUUACAAAACAAGAAAGUGGAAGAAACCGCCUUGAAAAAGAGAUUAAGAAAGCUAGGCAACAAGCUAAAGUUAGCUCCGAUCAAAUUGAUGCUGAUGAUAGUGAUGAAUUAUACAGCGUUUGGUCAGGAAGUGAUGAGGAAAAAACGUUGUGGACUGGCGAUGAAGGUGAUGAUGACGAUGAUAUUCCAACAGAGCCACGCCCGAACGAGGCAUCUGAUAAAUACUUAGAUAAGUUGUUUGAGUUUGAGGAGAAGCCAAAGUACAGGACAAUCUCAGAGUUGUUGAAAUCUGAGGAUGAACCCGAGGAGCUUUCACCCGGUAAAAAGGCGAGGAAGCUUGCUGUUGAGAACGCGCUGAAGAAACUAAACAAAGGGCCUGACGGGCGUUACACAAACGUGUGGGAAGUGAUGAGUGAUAUCGACAUUCUGAUUGGAGCGUUUGAAAACAUUAUCUCAGGACCUGAGUAUGAAGAGCUAAGGAAAGGUGGACCCAAGAGACUUAACAUGCAGUUCUUCAAGGAUAUACAAACUCGAAUGAGAGAUCCAAACUUCAAAUUCACACCUGAAAUAAAGUUGAAGCCAAAGAGUAAACUAGUGCCUAGGAAGAAAUGGCAGAAGGCACAGUCCAGAAUAAGGAAAGCAAAGAAGCGGUAAAAGCUCCAUGCUUGUUCACGAUUUUGAUAGAUCAGGUUUAAAGCGUGCAUAGCGAACACCAAACAGCCUCCAAAAUAUCGACUCUAGGUCUUAUUUCAUCGUAAAUUCGCAAUGCGGUACCGUGAUUAAACAGCUUUCCUUUACCGUGAUUCUGGUCUUUAUAUUCCUUCUUCUAAAGAAAGAAGCUUUGAAAGAAAAGCUAAAGAUGCUUUGGUCCCUCUUGGACAUAUUUUGGAGGAAGAAGAAUACAGCUUUUUUGCAUUCUUUUGAUCUUCAAAAGUUCUUUUUUUUUCUUUUGGUGUUAAAAUGUUGGAACUUGUAAAUGUGACACUCUCUCAGCCUUUGAAGCUUAUUCUAAUCAAAAUAGUAUUAAAAAGGAAGCAAUUUGCCUAACAAA